AGACUCUGUGUCUUUAGGUACAGCUAAUGUAUAGCUCCUGUGUCUUACACUCGCUGAGACUCUGUGUCUUUAGGUGAUCGCUACUGGUCGUAUCUCCACUGCGCGAUAUUAUCUGCGACAUAAGUCUCAUCCCUCAAUGCAACCCCAUUGAUUGAACAAACCUAGUAGUAAUUAUAAUGCUCAACUAUCUCCAACUACACGAGUUCAACAUUGUCAACGACCAUUUCAUCGUCUCCGACACUACUACCUGCCCAAGCACCUUCACCUUUGCUUUCCUCACCACUGGCUGCGUUUACCGUAGGUCCAACCACAGCACCUCCAUCGAAGAGACCGAGACUGCGGGUUCCAGCCUGGGCAUCAACAACAGCAGCCAGGGAUGGGUUCGGGGUCCAGUUAGCGGCUUGGGCCAUAGCAGCCAAUUCCGCCAUAAUCAUUGAGUUGACAUACUCAAUCGACCGUUCGAUUAUAGUUGUGUGAAUGCGGAUGUCGUAUUCCAGUGUGUCGUAGCGUUC